AGUGAAGCGAGCUGGUGGAGAAUCCCCGCGUUCGCCUCACCUUCCUUGAUAAGAAAGGAGGAGGAAUACUUGGAACAGACCGACAUUGACGCACUUGAGGAAAAUACUCACUGCUGUUACUACAUUUCGGUUCAGUUACCCACACAGUCUUUGGCUCCAAUACUCCUGUACGAGUGUCUGAGACGUCCUCAUUCUGCAUUUCUGCAGUACCUUGACCAUCCAGCAGCGCUCACGGAGCUGUGACGCGAUGGCUCCUCCACAGAACUUGCUGGAGGUCCUACGGGAACGCACAAUUGUGGACUGUGAUACCAUGGAUGCAGACGUCGCCGAGAAUAUUGGGAAACCAGUUCAAUUUGCUGACUGCACCUCGAAUCAGGCAAUUGCUUACUUUGAGCUUCAAAAACCCAAGCAUAAGACAACUCUUCGCGAAUCCAGACCUUUGGCCACUGCCCUGGGAUCAAAAUACCCCAAUACUCCAGUGAAAGAACUCUUUGUGGAGAUUUCUAUGGUCAAACUGCAACUCGAAAUCUCGAAGCAUGUCACUGGAUUUGUUCAUGUUCAGACUAACCCCUACUACUCGUAUGACACUGUGAAGACUGUUAAGAAUGCCGAAAGAAUCGUGGAACAUUUCAAGCUUCUGGACAACACCUUUGAUCCAAGCCGAGUGUGCAUCAAGAUACCCAGCACGUGGGAAGGCCUCGAGGCAUGCCGUUUACUCGAAUCGUCUGGUAUAGCCACGUUAGCAACGACCCUCUUCACCAUUGAGCAGGCUUGGAUGGCUGGCGAUGUGGGAUGCGAAUAUAUCGCUCCUUACGUGAACGAACUGAAGGUCCAUUUUGAGGAAGGAUUCGUUGACCGCAACAAAUCUAUGGACCUAUGUGUUCAUGCACAUCGCUUGUACAGUGCUAAUAAGGUCAAAACUAAGGUCCUUCCAGCCAGUCUGACAUCCAUCGACGAGAUCAUGGCCCUAGAUGGUGUUGAUCACAUCACGAUCUCACCUCAAUUACUUCAAGAAUUGGUUCGAACACCAGCUUCUGAGAAGACCAAGGCUUCCUUGUUCGAUGGUGAGAUUGAGGUACCUCCGAUGCUUUCUUUUACGAAUGAAGCUGAGUACCGAAUUGCUUUCACCCUGAGUGGAAAAGGAGAAGGAGAGCGUAAAUUGACGCAGGCUAUUAAUAUCUUCUGUGAGAUGCAGACAAAGCUUGAGGCGAUGAUGAAUCAAUGAAUCAGCAGUGGCCAUGUUGAGACACUCAAGACUGGAGUGUGUUGGUAAUAUGUACGUUGUAUUUCUCGAGGCUCAUACUACCAGAAAUCAAAAAAUCCAGUCUCCAAGAGAACACUCGCUGUUGAUUCCCGCCUCCCUUCC